UAGCCAAAUUGGGCGAGAGCACAAACAAAAUAACCACUCACCCUUUCUCACCAAGGAAGAGCGGGAGAAAGGGCAUGGCGCAGUCCCAAGGCUGGCUGAGAAGGUACUUCAAGGCCUUUUGCAAAGGCUUCUUUGUGGCGGUACCUGAGGCAGCGACUUUCUUGGAUCGAGUUGCCUGCGUGGCAAGAGUGGAAGGAGUAUGGCUGCAGCCUUCUUUGAAUCCUGGGGGGAGCCAGUCGUCUGAUGUGGUGCUUUUGAAUCAUUGGAAAGUGAGGAAUUUUGAAGUACAACGUGGUGACAUUGUGUCAUUAGUAUGUAGCCUAUAUUGA